AUGAUUCCCUACCGCCUAUGCUUCGACCGAGAUGCCACCGGAGUCCUCGAAAUUCUCGAGAACUCCCUCGACAUUUUUUUCAUGCUAGACGUAGUCCUCAAUUUCUUCACUGGCGUCUAUGUAGGCGGCCAACUGGUUAUGACCUUGGAAGGAAUCGCCCCGCACUACCUGAGGACAUGGUUUUGCGUAGAUGUGGUGGCCUCCUUCCCUUACGAGUGGAUAUUCAAAGCCUCUACUCUCGAGGGCGUACAGCUCCUUCGAGUCGUCAAAUUUGCUCGGCUCUUGAGGGUUAUACGUCUUUUACGAGUGCUGAAACUAAAACGGAUAAUUUCGAAGGUCUCUCAUCGUGGUUCCUAUGCGGACAUCAUUCAUAUCAUCCUCUCAGGUUGA